AGACACCAUCUGCACCGAGCUGGAACGCGCCUCGAAUGAAACGACUGAAACGGUUCAGGCGGUUCAGGCCGCUUCAGGCCAUUCCGUCUUCACGUUAACGAUACAGACAACCUAAGGGAGCCUGUGCGUUAACGAUACAGACAACCUAAGGGAGCCUGUGCGUAUGUGGGGCUAAUCCGCUGAUUGGCACGGCUUCGGUGACGGGAAUUUGCGUGAGAAUUUUUAACGCUAGCGAAAGCUUGAUUGCAGUAUGUUUAUUUCGUAGAUAAGACGUGCACAGAUACGUACUAUUUAUCGCUAUUUAUUGUACCGUCAUAUCCAUAAUUUACUUACACAUGUUUGACUGCGGGAAGGAAGUAUUGAGUCAACGGAUGUGAAUAGAAUUGAAACUUAUUUGUACCAAUGUCUUUCUCUGUUAUGAAUUUGUACAUAAAAUGCUCUCAGUUUACACCAUUUGGACUGUUAACACCAUGUAUCAGAGCAGCUGCAGCUAAUUUGGAGUUUGUAAGACAUGGCAGUAAACAUUGGGAUCCAAAGUUCAAAUGGCAUCGAACAAGAAAGGUGGUGAAAGUGAAGCUACCAGACUUUGAAGACAGAAGAACAGAAGAUGAUAUGACACCAGAAGAAAUUAGAUCUAAGAUGAAAGAAAAAGGAAUUCAGCCUCCAAGACCAUGGGUAGAACGUCCAUUUUACAUCAGUUGCACAGGUGGAGUGUUUGAGCCAUAUGUGCCACCUGAGGGAGAUGGAAAAAUAUCCCCUGUAACUGUACAUGGUGCUAAGCAGAAGGUUGAAUUCCUAGAAAAGAAAAGUAAGUCCAUGAUGGCUAUACGUAAGAUCCGCAACUUUGAGGAAGAUUUUGAAGUCAGUGAUUUUGUUCAACAAGCACAAGAAAUAUACAUCAAUGCACACACCUUCAUGGCAAGCAAAGAUGAAAACAAACUCCAAGAAUUUGUAACAGAACGAGCAUAUCCAGAAAUAAGGCAUAACACCAUAGAUAAAACAAUUCACUGGAAGUUUGUGAAGUCCCUGGAGCCCCCACGUCUGGUGCAUGCACGAUGCACUGAUCUCAUCACCAAGGAGAAUGUCUUUAGUCAAGUAACAGUAAGAUUUCACACACAACAAAUUCUUGCAAUCUAUGACCGGUUUGGGCGACUGAUGCAUGGCAGUGAGAUACUUGCUAAAGAUGUACUGGAAUAUGUUGUAUUUGAAAAACACUUGUCUAAUGAAUAUGGUCUCUGGCGUUUGCAUGAAAAAAUUGUGCCAGAUUGGAUGCCUCCAAAAGAGCCAGUUACGAAGACUUAUAGGCUUGUUAAAGAGGAAACAUCACAGGAGACCUCAGACCAAAGAAGUGCAGCAGGCUCCAAGUGAAACAGAAAUUAAUCACCCACAGAUGGCAUCAGUUUGAGUCAUCAUGUAACAUGGGAUUAGACUUUAAUCUACUGAAUGUUACUUUGAAAAAAAUGGAAAACCGUUUUUAGGGUUAGUAAUGCUUUGUGUGUGUUACACCAAUACUUCUAAAUAAAUGAGCAAUUUUUUGUGUAACUUUGUGGGCAGCUCAUUUUAUUUUGGUUUGUCGGUACUUUAUAUUUUAGCUUUCCUCAUACCACGAACAUCCUUACUGUAGGUGUCCAAAGCCUGAAUUAUAUGACAGCAUUUAAUUAAAAAUGUGUUUCCACUUCCAAGAAUGCAAAUUUCACCAAAACUAUCAGUGAUAAAAAUAUGAACUUAAAGUAUCUUUUCAAACAAAACAUGUCACAGUGCAAAAAUUUUAUAUCUGCCAUUUGUUACAACAGAUAAGGGUAUGAAACUGUUGCAAGACAAAAUCAAAAUAAUGUAUGUGCUUAAUUCA